GGACUGGGGCUGGGAGGGCAGGGUUGGCGCGGGGCAGCGAUCCCCAGCUACCGCCCGUCUUCUCCCCUCGGCUCCCGGCAACUAGCGUCUGCGGCAGAGGCGAGCGCCGCUCGGCAACGAGUGACGCUGCGGCGGGGCGGGACGAGACAUUGGCCAGUUCCCGCUCGCCAACGCCGGCGGCCUGCUCCUCCCAGGCCUUGCCCUCUGCCUGUCCUCCCCCGUCUUCCCCUGCUGACCUUCGGGGCCGCGGCCCCACGACGCAGACAUCGCCGGGCUAACACGGACUAAAAGGGUAGUGUUGCCCACCAGGCCCCGUCGGCGUUAAUCGUCCCCGACUCCUCGCUAGGUUUUCGAUGGGCGGGCGCCGCGGGCGAGGAGCUGGGGUAGGACUGUGGGUAGGAAGUUUCGCCCUUGGAGAAUCUGCCUAGCAACUGGUGAUGAAAGGUGACUGAGGCGCCCGGAUUGGCUGCCUUGCGACCUACUCAGGUGUGGCCUUCCUCUUCCGGUGGAUACUUGCGCGCCCUUUCCCGGUCAGGACUAGGUAACAAGCCCUAAGCCAAGUGACCCGGCUCCCUGAUUUCCUCUGAAAGCUCCCGGGGUGUGUCGUGGGGCUACAAUACAGAAUGCCCACGCUGUUCUAACCAUGUGAAGCAGGGUUCUUUGGGGGUCAGGGAAGGCCUUACAAAACUUGCAGAACGUUCAGAAUCCUUGAAGUAGAGCAAGGAGUCAGCCCCCCGUGCUCGGGAUCCUCUUCAGAGGAGCUGUCCUGAAGAGGGUAAGACCUAAAAACGCAGCCACCACAGUUCUCAGACUUACACAUAUCUCAACCGUCUUUUCAUAUGAAAUGUUGUGAUCGCUUCCUUUACUGAGUUCUCCCAGACAGGAGUGUCUGACACCUGUCGUCCCCUGUCCAAGGUUACACAGCUAAUAAUGGAAGAAGCAGAAUUUGGACAUUUGCUACGCAUGUUACGGUUCCAUUUCAGUAAACCAAAGCAGUGCAUUUGCAGCAUAUGCGGUAGAUAGGGCUAUGGAGGAUAAGCUGACUGGUGAGAGGCCUCCUCCUCCAGUACCCUGCCAUUGGGAAGAAUUGUAUUCCAGAUGAACACAUCAUGUUUAAAAAUCACUGGAUGCCCAACUUCUUGCUAGGCCCAGAUUUCCUCCCAAGCAUAGACCCCUUUGCUUCCAAGGCAAACUCCAGCAUGGGGUGAGGUACAGAAGAAAGACUUCAGGGGUGUACUCUGGCACUCAGUUACCAAACCUGCCCCCUAGAUCAGGGGUACAGAACAUUCUGCUCCAAAGGCAUGAGAAGAGAACAUCAUAUAUUGGCCACUCCUGCCCAAUGUGGAGGGGAGCAGAAACUCCAGAGCCCAUCCCUGAAGGCCUUCAGGAAACUGAAAAUAACACGCAGUUUGAGGCGGUGGACCCUGGCGUGGGAGUGGCACACGUCCCUGCCAGCCUGGCCCCCAGCCUAGCCCUCACCAUGUUCGCUGCAUCAGAGGCGGCGGUGGUGGCCGCGGCGGCAGCAGGAAGGCCUUACGUGUGCAGCGAGUGUGGCAAGAACUUCAGCUACAGUUCGGUGCUGCUGCGCCACGAGCGUGCCCAUGGCGGCGACAGCCGCUACCGCUGCCUCGACUGCGGGGAGCGCUACGCACUGGCCGCUGACCUCCACGCACACCGACGCGUGCACGCUGGCCAGACGCUCUACAUCUGCAAUGAGUGCGGCCAGAGCUUCCGUCAUAAUGGCCGCCUGGACCUGCACCAGAGCACACACAGACAGCGCGGCCGCUCCUGCCCCUGCCGCGCAUGCGGCCGCAGCUUUCCACACCUCUCAGCUCUGCUGCUGCACCGGCGCCGCCGGCACCCCCCGGAGCGGCCCUGCCGCUGCCCUCUGUGUGCGCGCGCCUUCCGUCAGAGUGUGCUCCGCUUCCACCAGGCGCGGGCACACCCGUGGGGUACACCCAUCGCGCCUCUCGACCCCCUCCACCGCUGCGCACAGUGCCCACGGGCCUUCCGCAGCUCUGCAGGGCUGAGGAGCCACACUCGCGUCCACGCGAGCCAGCGUCCGGCUCCUGAGCCGCACGCGCCGGGUGCGCACCAGUGCAGCGUGUGCGGGAAGAGCUUCGGCAAGAGCUCCACGCUAACACGACACCUGCAGCUGCACUCGGGUGAGAAGCCCUUCAAGUGCCCGGAGUGUGGGAAGGGAUUCGUGGAGAGCGCCACACUGGUGCGCCACCAGCGAACGCACACGGGGGAGAAGCCAUACGCGUGCGGGGACUGCGGGCGCUGCUUCAGCGAAAGUUCCACCCUGUUGCGCCACAGGCGCAGCCAUCAGGGGGAGCGGCCGCACGCAUGCGCCACGUGCGGCAAGGGCUUCGGGCAGCGCUCAGACCUGGUGGUGCACCAGCGCAUCCACACCGGUGAGAGGCCCUUCCCGUGCACCGAGUGCGGCCGCCGCUUCGGUGACCGCUCUGACCUCACCAAGCACCGGCGCACACACACCGGCGAGAAGCCCUACCGCUGUGAGCUGUGCGGCAAACGCUUCACAUGCGUCUCCAACCUCAACGUGCACCGGCGCAACCACGCCGGCCAUAAGCCCCACAAGUGCCCGGAGUGCGGCAAGGCCUUCAGCGUGGCCUCCAAGCUGUCGCUGCACCGCAAGACUCACCUGGGCGAGCGGCCGGCACAGUGCGCCGAGUGCGGCAAGUGUUUCAGCCACAGCCGCUCGCUCUCCCAGCACCAGCGGGCGCACACGCGCGCUCGAGCCGCCGCCGCUGCCGCCCAAGCCACCACAGGAGCUGCACUCAUCCUUGCUGGGCGAGCAGAACAGGAAAAGCCCGACUUCUUGUGUCCCAGCUGAGGGACACUUGCUGAGAAGCUUUGCUAUAGUA